GGCGGGCAGCGGGCUCGGGGCGGACAUGGCGCUGCAGUUUGGCGGGGCGGGCGCGCCGGGCGCGGCUGAGGAACCGACGUUGGUGGGGGGCAGCUUCGGCGCCGCGGACUCGUUCCCCAAGGACUUCGGCUACGGGGAGGAGGAGGAGGAGGCGGAGCUGGAGGGAGGCCCAGGGCCCGGCGGGCCCGGCGGCGGCGCGGGUGGACCGGGCAGCGGCGCGGGCGGGGCGGACUCCAAGCCGCGGAUCUUGCUUAUGGGGCUGCGGCGCAGCGGGAAAUCCUCCAUCCAGAAGGUGGUGUUUCACAAAAUGUCUCCCAAUGAGACACUGUUCUUGGAAAGUACCAACAAAAUCUACAAAGAUGAUAUUUCCAACAGUUCGUUUGUAAAUUUCCAAAUAUGGGAUUUUCCUGGACAGAUGGACUUUUUUGAUCCAACAUUUGAUUAUGAGAUGAUCUUCAGAGGAACAGGUGCUCUAAUAUAUGUUAUCGAUGCCCAGGAUGACUACAUGGAAGCUUUAACAAGACUGCACAUUACAGUUUCAAAAGCUUACAAGGUCAACCCGGAAAUGAACUUUGAAGUUUUUAUUCAUAAAGUUGAUGGUUUAUCAGAUGACCAUAAAAUAGAAACUCAGAGGGAUAUUCAUCAGAGGGCUAAUGAUGAUCUUACAGACGCUGGGCUCGAAAAACUUCACCUUAGCUUUUAUUUGACCAGUAUCUAUGACCAUUCAAUAUUUGAAGCCUUCAGUAAAGUGGUACAGAAGCUCAUUCCACAACUGCCAACCCUGGAAAACCUACUUAAUAUCUUUAUAUCAAAUUCAGGCAUUGAAAAAGCUUUUCUCUUCGAUGUAGUCAGCAAAAUCUACAUUGCAACAGACAGUUCCCCUGUGGACAUGCAGUCAUAUGAGUUGUGCUGUGACAUGAUUGAUGUAGUGAUAGAUGUUUCCUGUAUAUAUGGGUUAAAAGAAGAUGGCACUGGAAGUGCUUAUGAUAAAGAGUCAAUGGCAAUUAUCAAGCUCAAUAACACAACAGUCCUGUACUUAAAGGAAGUAACAAAAUUUUUGGCAUUAGUUUGCAUCCUUAGAGAAGAGAGUUUUGAGCGCAAAGGUUUGAUAGACUACAAUUUUCAUUGCUUCCGCAAAGCCAUUCAUGAAGUCUUUGAAGUAGGUGUUGCCUCCCACAGGAUCUGCAACCAUCAAUCAAGCACCUCAAAUAUGAAAGCAGUGACUCACAAUGGCACACCUAGGAAUGCAGUCUAGAGGAAAGCUAAUGACCUUGGAUAGACUUGUCAGCUCUUCACUCCAAAGUUUUGUGGAACAAGAGAAGAGUAGUCUGAAAGCCUGAAGUAUGUUUCAGAGGAGAAGAGUGGUCCUAACUGUGGAACAGCAGCUUGUAACUGAUGUUGGACAACUGAAAGUACUGUAAAAAUACUUUGAGGCCAGUGGAGUUAGGAAUGCUGGUUAAAACCAGCUGUAUUACAAAUGCAGUAGUUUUUCGGUUUGGAAUCCUAUUUUAACAGUCUGUCUCUGACUGAUUGCCUGGUCAAAACUUAAAAACAAUUGAGUUGAGUUUUCUGUGAAACACUGAAUAGUCACUUGCUCAACUUUUUUUAUUAUUAUUAUUUUAAAUUAAUCUGUAGAAUAUCCUCUUUUGCUUAAGUUUACCCUUUUGCCAUGCAAAAAAGAAAAAAUUAGUGUUAUUAAGGCUUGUGAAACUCAGGCUUUUUGCUUGCUGAGGCUGGUCUCACAAAUCAUUCCAUUAAGUAGCUCUUGCUGGUGUGCUCAUAAUAUUCUUGUGAAUUCUGUGUUUGUUAAGUGGAUGCAAGGUAGAGCUCUGUUCUAGUGAUUAUGUGUUUGUUUAGAGAACUGACCUGGGGCUUCAUUUUAAGAGAUCAUGAUACUUCUCUUUCAGACCGCAGUUCUUGGUAUGUCCCCUUUGAUGGAAGGGAAGCAUUAAAAUCAGAAAUAAACUACCUGCUCUCUUUUGCAAAAACAUGGAUGUCAUAAAUCUGUGUGAUUAAUCCUGUUGAUGAAACAACUGCAUGGCUAACUGAACUGAAAUUUCUGCCAUCUGUUGAAAUAAAGCAAUCACUUUCAGCUAUUCCUAAGCAAAGAAAAAUGACAAAGUUACUGGUGGAUCUCUUUCCACUCUGGCUGAUAAUCAAGGCAAUUCCUAGGAAAAUGUCUGAGGGUGUUAUCCAUGCAUGGCAAUUAAGUAUCGAUCUGCCAUAACUACUAAUAAUACUGAACUUUGGAAGCAUGUUGAUUCUGUACUAUGACAAACACCUUCUUGUUUGUCACCGGGCUGACUAGAACAGUGUUUUUUCUGAUUUUGUGAAUGCUUACUUUCAUACUAUGGGCAGUAUAUCUGAAUUCUUUAAUUUAUUGAUAUUUGUAUUAUUACAGUAGAUAUCAUACUAUACAUCAGCCUUGCUAUGCAGUAAGCUCAGCCACUGGUCCAUAAAGAUCUUGCCUCUCUUUACCCGUCCCUAUGUGUGUAUAGGUGUUGCAAAGCCAUUGGACCAACUAUACAAGUGCCACUAUAAAAGUCUGUGCAAGAAGAAUUAACUGUAAGCAAUCUCUGCAGCUGGUGUAUUUAUGUGGUCAGAAGUAACCAUGGGAAUGCUUCUGUGCUUAUAGAAAGAACUUUAACUGAAUUAUGUAAAAAUGAAUAUACAUGCAUUAACGUUAGGGUAUAUGCACAUACUGAAUAAAUGUUUUUUUUUUACAGCAGGAGACUUUGGAAUUCAAGUGCUCUAGGUCAGUUCUCUUAAACCUAGGCUGAGCCCCUUUUUGGUAAUGAAACUGCAGAGUUGUUUAUUUUAAGGAAGUGCUGGAGGCUUGUAAGAUUGGGUUUUGUAGUUUGCAAGCACUGUCAGAGUAUUCUAGUACUAAAGGUAAGAGGAGAAGUAAUUGGCGAGAUCACAGGAAGAAUGAAAUAAUUCCCAUUUGUGCAGUGAAUUUUCCAUGUUCUAAGUACAUGUGUACGUUCUCUUUGUUUUCACCCACUACAGGAUUUUGUGCUAAUAAAAUGAAAAAAAAGGCAAACUGUAA